UAGAAAUAAAUAAAAUUGCUAAACAAACAUUGCUACCUACUAUUUCUUUUGUUGUUUUAUAAUUUUUACAUGCGUUUUUAAUUUUAUAAAAGUGUACACUAUAUUUGUAAUUUAUAAGUCAUGAGUCUAUUUAUAAAUCGUAUUAAAAAGGAAGCAAAAGAAAAGGAGAAAUUAGUAAAAAGUGCUAUUACAACCCAACUUUCAGAGAUUGUGAAAGAAAUUCAACUCGGGAAUACUGGAGGAGAUAUAUCGGGAGAUACUUUCGAUGUUAAUAAUCCUGUGUUAUGCAAUGUUGUCGAAUCAUUAUUUCUACAUGGAUUAAAGAAUUCGCUUAUAAAUCAAGCAAAAAGAGUCUUUGCUGAUGUAGAUCAACGUCCAGAGCCUAGCUUUUGGUCUUUACUUUUACUUAUAUCACAUAAACAAAUUAUAAAUCAGAUUGGAAAAUUAUCUCAAAUAACUACAGAAACAGGUCAAUGUAGAGCAUGGAUACGUAUAGCUUUAAAUGAUUCCUUACUUUCAUCAUACUUUUUUGCUAUACAGCAAAACAUAUCUGCCAUGAAAAUGUAUUAUAAUCCUUAUGCUUAUGUAAGAGAUUCAGAACUAUUAGAUGUAGCUCAAAAAGUUAUUGAAGGUUUAGAAAGUUCUGUAACAUUUAAUUUUCCCACAAAUUCUAGCCUCCUAAACACAUGGCCACCUGAAAGUUUAAUUCUGGCAGGAAUUUGGUGCCCAACAUUGAGAACAUGCCCAGUUGCAUCUGGUGUAGAUAUUGCGCAGUCAAUGCCAACCACACGAUCAAUAAAUUCAGAAACGUGUUCCAUAGAUUCUUUAGUAUCAUCAGUGAGUUCUGGCUUUGGAUGUAUGCUUAAUGAAGAUGAGGCCCUUAAAAUAAUAUUAAGUAAACAUUCUUCAAAAACAAAAGUUGAAAACAAAAAAGCUACUGAGGAACCAAAUUCUGGGGCUGUAUCCCUCAAAAACGAUCCUUCAAAUGAUGUUAAAUCUCCAGAGUCUGUUAAUUCAGAUUUAAAUACCACUUUAGGAAAUUCGUUAAACAAACGUCUUGGAUGGUCAUUCAGUAAGGAAGAUGAAGAGCAGAAAAAUAUUAGUGGUGGUGUCAAAAUAGAGCCAAUUCAAACACCCGAUGCUACAAAUCGGCCUAAAUCAAUGGAGAACAGUUAUAAUGCACUGAUACAGAGCUAUAACACAUCAAGUGGUGCUAAUGGAAAAAUUCCCAAUCUUUGUGAUGUGAUUUCAAACAACAGAUUAGUUAAUGACAAACCUCCAGAGUCAGUUAAAGAUAUCCAUUCAGAAAGGCAAUCUCCUGUAGAUGAUUUUAAAUCUUUCAUUUUAAAAAUAGGAACUAUAGCAAAAGAAACUGGAUUAGAUAAUCAAAAUUUCGAAUGCAAAGAUUGUAAAGUGUACCUUGGUGUAACUCAAAAAUGGAAGGUCUGUGGGUUUUCUGGUUACUAUUACUGUGAGAAUUGCAUGAGUGAAACUGGAGAAAUGGUAAUACCAGCAAGAAUCGUGCACAAUUGGGACUUCAAAAAAUAUUCUGUAUCAAAGAAAGCAGAAGAGUAUGUAAAUGAAUUCAAAGAAAUGCCCACAAUCAACAUGAAGACCCUAAAUCCUUCCAUUUAUUCUGCAGUUAGUGAUAUGGCAAAGCUUCAGAAACUUAGGGUACAACUUAACUAUCUAAGAGAUUAUCUAUUUACUUGUCAUGAGCCUAUUAUAGAAGAAUUAAAGAGUAAAAUUGGUUCUAGGGAAUACAUGUAUGAGCAUAUUCAUCAGUAUGCCAUUUCAGAUUUACUAGAGGUAACUAAUGGAGCAUUGGCUCAGCGUAUACAAGAAGUGGUGGAUUUCGGAAAACAACAUGUAUUGUCGUGUUGGUUAUGCAGCCAAAAAGGCUUUAUAUGUGAAGUUUGUCAAGAUUCUAAAGUGCUGUAUCCAUUCAACAUCGAAAAAGUAUACAGAUGUACUGUAUGUAAUUCUAUAUUCCAUAAAAAUUGCUUAAACAAAGCUACACCUUGUCCAAAAUGCGCAAGGCGAAGGAAAAGGACGAGCUUAAAUUUAUCAAAUGUUGGGAUUGACUAAUGUUAUCAGUUAUGUUAUGUACAUAUUUUUUGUAUUUUUCAAUACAGUUACUUAAAUGUACUUAAAAUUAUUUUAAC